AUGGCAGAGUACCUUGUCAAGAUCGAUCUCGGUAAACCAGCUCACGGACAAGCAGGUGUUCACAAUCGUUGGCACCCUGAGAUUCCUGCUCAUGCGACUAUCAAGCAAAAUACAUCCUACAAGACUGAGUGUUUUGAUUGGACUGGUGGUCAAGUUGGUAAUAAUGAUUCAGCCGAUGAUAUCAAGUACUGUGAUUUGACAAGGAUCCACUAUCUGUCAGGACCAUUUUUCGUUGAAGGUUGUGAACCGGGAGAUGUGUUGAAAGUCAGUAUUCAAGACGUGCAACCGCUUGAACGUCAACCGUGGGGCUACUGCGGUGUCUUUGCCAAAGAAAACGGUGGAGGCUUCCUCGACAAACAUUAUCCAAAAGCUGCCAAAGCUGUGUUCGACUUUGAAGGUAUCUAUGCUACUUCUCGCCAUAUCCCAGGUGUAAAGUUUCCAGGUAUUUGUCAUCCAGGUAUUAUUGGUGUCCUUCCAAGCCAUGAAGUGCUAGCCGAAUGGAACUCUCGUGAAGCUUCACUUGUUGAAUCGCACCCACAUGCUGACUUCGUAAUGGCUAAUUUACCUGUUGAACAUGGGGCUUAUGCAGGUGCCAAGGCCACAAAAGAACAGCAAGAGGAAGUUGCGAAGAACGGUGCACGCACUAUUCCGGGCCGUCCUGAAAAUGGAGGUAAUUGUGACAUCAAAGCUCUCACCAGAGGUUCCACAGUCUAUCUACCGACUUAUUUACCCGGUGGUAUGCUUUCAAUCGGUGACCUUCAUUUCUCUCAAGGUGAUGGUGAGAUCAGCUUCUGUGGUGCUAUUGAAAUGGCAGGUUGCGUCACUUUCAGUGUCUCUCUUAUCAAGAACGGUAUGGAGAAACUAUCAAUGAAAUCCCCAAUGUACUUACCAUCGCCUGUUGCCCCACAGUUUGGACCUGAUCGUUACUUGACUUUCGAAGGAUUCAGUGUUGAUGAAGAAGGUAGCCAACUAUGUCUUGAUACCACUGUUGCAUACCGUCAAACAUGUCUCCGGGUGAUUGAGUAUCUCCGUAGAUACGGUUACAACGACUACCAGAUCUAUCUUCUCUUAUCCACCGCGCCAAUUGAAGGUCAUAUUGCUGGUAUUGUUGAUGUUCCAAACAGUUGUACUACGAUUGGGUUGCCAAUGGAUAUUUUUGACUUUGAUAUUUCUCCAGAGGCUGAAGCAGUUAAAAGAAACUUAGGUAACUGUGCGUUUGCCAAAGACGACCUGGAGGUAGGAUUCCCAUUCAUCAAGCAAUUUAAUUAA